CUGUAAAAUUUCACAACUCGGAAUGGCAACUAUCGUCCGAGUAAAACGUAGAAGAAACGAAGAUCCCUUGGAAUCGAUUGUCAUUUCAUGUAAAAGGAAAAAAGAAGAAAAUCAUCCACAAGCAAGCUCGUUGGAAAAUGAACCUCAAAGCUCUCUGAAAUUUGCAGGAACUGUUGCUUCGAAGGUUGAAGGUGUUUCCAGACAAAUAAGAGAUGCCAUAAGAAAAGAAAAACUUCAAAAAGAAUAUAAACAACACACUGUCAACAUAACAUCAAAAAAUCGCCAAAGACAAAAACAAUCUUCACAAAAUAGUAGAUUAAAAAUUAUAUCAUCUUUACGUAAUAUUGAAUUAGACAGACUUGAUAAAAAUGAUGAAGAAAUAUGCAAUUCUGAAAGUAAGAAAUUGACUCAAAGUGAAAUUGCUAAAAGUAAUAGAUUAUCAAACGGUGAACUAGCUAGUGAAGAUAAAAAUGGAGGUGCCAAAACAAAAUUACACAAUGGAGCAAGUGCUAAUGAUUCAAAUGAUGGUGACCAUAGUAACAAAACAAGAACUUGUAAUGGUGCCCACAGCAGUGAUUCAAUCGUUAAUGAUGAUAAGGGUGCUGCAAAUACAAAUGAAAAAGUCUACCAACUUUUAGAUGUUGAAAUAGACCAAUCAUCAUCUGUACAGAUGCCUACCUUUGAAUCAUUAUUGAAAGAAUCUCAGUCUGCGGACAACAUAACAUGUAAUUCUGUACCUCUUGUUAAACAGACAGUCUCACAACAAGAAGAAGAUUAUGUUUACGAUUUGUAUUAUACAAAUAAUCAAGAAUUUAAUUUCAAAGCUUUAGAAAGUGACUUAAAAAUUCAAUUAUAUGAUGAUGAACUGAUAUUUGCUGAUGACAGGAAUUUUACAAAUGAGGAGAUAUACGAGGAUGAGGAUGAUAGCAAUGACGAAGAUAACUGGAGGAAUGAUUAUCCAGAUGAAGACCCUCACUUUUAUGAAAAUGAAGAUGCAGAGUAUCAUUAUGGCGAUGAUGACAGAGAUACUGUGGCAUUUGAACAUCAGGACCAUGAUUUAGCAGGUUGGAUGUCAUCUAGAUGUAAUAUAGAAGCUGCAGAGGUUAGUGAUGACGAAACUGGGUCUUCUUAUGACAGAUAUUACCGCACGAUAAAGCAAGAGGUAGACCAAAUGGAAUGAUAACAUGGGAUAAUUAGACUGGAUAUACAGAAGUUACCUCAUUAUUCAACAACAGAUGUUUGAGAACAAGCUUAAAUACCAAAUCUGUUUACUUAUCAUUGGUCAUUAUUGUAUACAUACCAUACAAAUAAGGAAAAGUUAUUGUUAUCCUUGUGAAAAAAAGAACUGAUAACAAUAUAUUAAGUGUAAGAAUCAGAAAUAAUAAAGAAUACUGAAACAUGGUGAAUAAACCCCGCUGACUUUAUGACCUUAUUUUAAAAGUUGCCAGCAUUCUGGGUAAGAAAUGGCAGGGGGUUUAUUUCUGAGUGUCUGGUAAUUUAUAAAAUCUCUUAAUAACAUUUGGUUAGUAUUAAUGAUAGGAAAUUCCAGAGUUAGCUCCUCAUUAAUUGUAAAUUUCUAAUGCAUAUCAACUAAGUUAUAUCUUGAGUUACCAGAACAGGAACAGGAAACAAAUGUUACAUUUGUGAAUCAUUCUACAUUUUGAUCAUACAUUAAUCUUAACU